AUGGUCACCCGGGCACACGUUGUCAGCCCCUCACGACGGGGCUCAUCCCCAACUGGCGCUGCGCUGCUGCAGGCCGAGAAGAAGCUGCCCCCGCAGCUGGCGAAGGUGCUGGUCUAUGACCUCCUCUUCGGCAAGGGCCUGAAGUGCGGGGGGCGCUGGAAGGCGCUGGCCCGGCGGCACAGGGCGCGGCUGGAGGCCGAGCUGGCCCGCCUGAAGGUGCAGCAGAAGGUGAGCCGCAACGAGGACCUCCUGGCCCCGCAGGCAGCGAGCCCUGCAGCCCCCCAGGUACCGCGCUACGUCCGAGUCAACACCCUGAAGACUUGUGUGGACAAUGUGAUUGACUUCUUCAAGCGCCAGGGCUACUCCUAUCUGGGCAAGGCAGCCAGCGUGGAGGAACUGAGGGCCCUCUCCGGGAAGAAAUUCUUGUUGGAUCUUCAUCUCCCAGAGCUGCUGGUUUUCCCUCCGCAGACGGACUUCCAUGACAACCUGCUGUACACUUCAGGACACAUCAUUCUGCAGGACAAGGCCAGCUGCCUCCCUGCCUUCCUCCUCGGCCCUGCUGCUGGCUCCCACAUCAUUGAUGCCUGUGCGGCCCCUGGGAACAAGACCAGCCACCUGGCCGCCAUCCUGAAGAACAAGGGCCAGAUCUUUGCCUUUGACGUGGACACCAAGCGCCUGGCCACCAUGAACACCAUGCUGAUGCGGGCUGGGGUCACCAGCUUCCAGCUGGCCCAGCAGGACUUCCUGACCGUGGACCCCAGCGACCCCAAGUACAGCAAGGUGACUGGUAUCCUGCUGGACCCGUCCUGCAGCGGCUCAGGGAUGGUGAACCGGCUGCCGAGGGAGGAGGCUGCCCCGAGUGCCCAGCGGCUGCAGGCACUGGCCGGCUUCCAGCGCAAGGUCUUGAGCCAUGCCCUGAGCUUCCCAGCCCUCCAGCGCCUCGUCUACUCCACCUGCUCCCUGCACCGGGAGGAGAAUGAGGAUGUGGUGCAUGCUGUACUGCAGGAGCAGGGCUCGGACUUCAGGCUGGUGCACGCCUUCCCUUCCUGGCCCUGCCGAGGACUGGCUGCCUUCCCUGGGGCAGAGGGCUGCCUCCGUGCCUCUCCCGCAGACACCCUCACCCACGGCUUCUUUGUGGCCGUCCUGGAACGGCAUGGGGAAGGGGCUGCUGCCCCCAGCUCCCCACCUGUGGCAGCUGAGAACCCGCAGCCUGGAGAGGGAGCAGAGCCAGGAGCAGCUCACAAGAAGAGGAAGAGGAAAAAGCAGUGGGUGAAGGAGUGAAAGAACAUCUUCAAGAUUGCAUGGUGCCCGGCUGGGGCUGGCAGGGAAUGCUCUCCUGGGGGCUCUGAACACGAGUAAAGCUUUGUGCCAGGUGUGGCCCUGGUGGCUGUGCUCCCCGGUGACCAGUGCCACCCUAUUGCCAGGGAGCAGGACCAGCUCACCCUGGGUUGGCAGAAGGUUUGCUCCCAGAGUUGGGGCAGCCUUGGGAAGGCCACAAACAGCACCAGUGUCCAGCACCGUGCCCGCUUCCUGCACCCUGCAGGGCUGGAGCCCCAUUACUGGUGUCAUUUUACCAUGUUCCCCCCACCCCCAAUCCCUGCCCCAGCCUGAUGUGGGGAUUCAGAAAACCCUGCAACUGUAGGCAUGCACCAGAUUAAAGUUUCUCCCUCUUCACCAUCUUUUUCCCUCCUGUUUGUGCAGCCAUGCCCUGAAAUUGUCACUGCUUGGAGGAGAGGCAAAGUGGGGGGAGAAAGUGCAAUAGUA